UCAUCUUCUUCAUUGUUCCACUUCUAAUUCCAGUUUCUGUUGUUUAUUUCUGACGUUUUCGCUUUGGUGUUCAGUGUAUUUUAUGUUUUUCUUUUUGUUCGCAAUUUGUUUGUGUGCGUGUGUCUAUAGUAAUUCGCUUGGUUAUCGCUUCCAAUUAUCAUCUCAAUUUGUGUCAAAUUUAUUUUGUUUCAAUUCCAAUCGGUGUCUGAUUUUUUGUUCGCUUCUCUGUCUCUCUAAUCUCCUUUCUACUACUGUUUCUUAGCUGUUUCCAUUUUCCUCUCCUUUGAGACACAAUGGAAGCCGAAACAAGUGUUAAAGUCAGUGUUCGGAUUCGUCCUCAGGUAUCUAAGGAGAUAAUUGAAAUGUGUAAAGUGUGUACAAGUAUAACUCCAAAUGAGCCGCAAGUUUGGCUUGGAUCGACCAAAGCUUUCACAUUUGAUCAUGUUUUUAAUAUGGAUUCUAAACAAGAAGAGGUUUACUCACAGUGUGUUGCCUCUCUCAUUGAGGGUUGCCUAGAUGGUUAUAAUGCAACGGUUCUUGCUUAUGGUCAGACCGGAUCAGGUAAAACCUACACCAUGGGAACUGGUUUCGAUGUUCGGGUGACCCAUGAAAAUAAAGGAAUUAUUCCAAGAGCCGUUGAACAUCUUUUCCAAGGUAUUCAGGCCAAACAAAGUAAAGCCAAAGAAAUGGGUAUCCCGCCACCCGAAUUUAAGGUUAACGUUCAAUUCUUGGAAUUAUAUAAUGAGCAAAUAAUUGAUCUUCUAGCUGAUGAUCUUGGGACCAAUUCAAAUCAAAUUAAAAUUCACGAAGAUGCCUCUGGAGGUAUUUACACUGUUAAUACAUGUGCUCGAAGUGUUACCUCAGUUGAUUCAACAUUAGACUGUUUAAAGAAAGGAUCACUUUCACGAACAACCGCAUCAACCAAUAUGAACAGUCAAUCAUCUCGAUCACAUGCUAUCUUUACAUUGUACAUAAAACAGCAAAGAAUAGUGUCUCUAGAUGAACAUCUGAAAGGUAUUCCUACAGAUGGACCAAUGCCUUCCCAUGAAUUUGAAACAUUAACAGCUAAAUUCCAUUUUGUUGAUCUCGCUGGUUCAGAGAGAUUAAAAAGAACCGGAGCUACGGGUGAUAGAGCUAAAGAAGCAGUUUCCAUUAAUGCAGGUCUUCUUGCUUUAGGUAACGUUAUAUCUGCUCUGGGUGAUAAAAAGAAGCAAGGUUGCCAUGUACCUUAUCGUGAUUCCAAGUUAACUCGUUUAUUACAAGAUUCCCUUGGUGGUAAUAGUCAAACUUUGAUGAUUGCUUGUAUCUCACCGUCCGAUAGAGAUUUCAUGGAGACUUUAAAUACAUUAAGGUAUGCCAAUCGAGCCAAGAACAUCAAAAAUAAGAUUACUGCUAAUCAAGAUAAGGCCAGUGAAACAAUUACUCUACUUCGUAAAGAGAUUCAAAGGUUACAAUUGGAGCUUAUGGAGUAUAAGCAGGGUAAAAGAAUCAUCGGUGAAGAUGGAAAUGAACAAAUUAACGAUAUGUACCAUGAAAAUACGAUGUUACAAAAAGAGAUUGCAAAUCUUAAAUUGAGAGUGAAAGCUCUUCAAGAUACUAAUGAAAGAUUGAUAGCUCGUAAUACCGAAUUAACAUUAGAAAAAGAAACUGGUGGUUGGAUUGUUAAUGGUGAUGAUCAACCAAGUGAUCUUAAGGAUAUGGUUGUCAAAUAUCUUCGUGAAAUUGAAGAAUUGAGAACUAAAUUAAUCGAAAUGGAAGAGACUUGUUCACAAUUGAGAAAACAAGCUCAACGGUCAACAAUGAGUCGAAUGUCAAUGUCACCCUUUUCAUCAACUUCUGUUGCCGUGGUUGGAAAUUAUAACUUCUCUGAGGAACCUGAAUCAUAUGAUACUAUUCUUAAAGAAGCUAAAAAAGAUCUUGCCAAACAAAAGAAGAUAAGCCGUAAUUUAAGUAAAUCAUAUAAAGAUAUUGAUACAAUUAGUGAGACUAAUGGUAAUAAUAAUGGUGAUGGUGAUGGUGCCAAUAGUGGUGGUUCAAAUCCUUCACCAACAAAUGGUGAAUCUGAUAGUGGAUGUGGCGGUGGUACUACCGAUGGUGCAACUGAUGCCGGAGAAGAUGAUGAAGGUGUUAAUGGUGCUUCAUCAUCUCCUGCUUCAGAUGAAAGUGAUGCCAGUGAUGAUGAAUCUGAUACCGAAUAUCAACUUGUUGAAUUAUCCAAUGAGAUCUCAGUUAAAGAAAAGUUAAUUCUUGAAUUAGAGAAAAGUCAGCGUAAAAUGAUGUCGAUGAAACAUCAUUAUGAAGAAAAGUUAUCACAAUUGCAAACCAAAAUUAAUGAAAUUGAAACUGAGCGUGAUCGUGUAUUGGCAAAGCUGACCAACGUUGGAUCAGGUGGUAAUGAUAAAGCAAAAAAGGUCCGAGAUGAUUACCAAACAAAGUUGAAUGCUCUGCAAACGGAAAUGAAAAAACUAAAGAUGGCCGAAAAGGAACAUGCCUCUGCUAUGAAAAGUCAAUCAAAAUAUGAAUCACAAUUGAGAAAUUUGAAAAAUGAAGUAGGUGAGAUGAAAAAGCAAAAAGUUAACCUGUUGAAGAAAAUGAAAGAGGAAGCUCAGCGUCAUAAAGAAGCAGAAUUAAGGCAGAAUAAAAAACUCUCACAAUUGGCUAAACAAGAGAGACUGAAAGAUGUUAAAAUCAGAAACUUGGAAACUGAAGCCAAUAGAGUUAAAUCACUUUUAAAACGGAAAGAAGAUCAAGUUGUCGCCAUGAAGAAAAUGAUAAAACCAAUGAGCGAUAAAGUUGCCGGAAGAGUUAAAUCUAGUCGAGUUAGAAAAGGAUCUGAGAAACCAUCGGUCAUUCUAUCUCCAAAAGUGAUCAAACAAAGAUGGCAAUCGAUUGAACAAGAUAUCAAUAAGGUGAUGCUUUACAAGAAAAAUAUUGCAAUACAUGAAUUACAAAUGGAUCGUUUCCUUGCCCAACGCCGUCGAUUAGUUCGUGAAAGAGAAGAAACCAAAGCAAAACUCCAAGAAUCGAAGCGAACUGGUAAAAGUGAAGAUAUAAUUGCUGAACUAUCUGAAGAAUUGGGUAACAUUGAAGAUAAUAUUCUUUACCUGAAUACAAAUAUUGAUGAAUGUCAAUCAACAAUAAUGCAACUAGAAGAAACUGCCGGUGAUACACCUACAUUAGAAGUGAACACUUUACUUGUCGAUGUAGGAUUGGAGGAAAUGAAGUACCUUUUCGAGAAAGUAUUAACAAUGGCAAUAAAUCAAAGUCUCCUUGCCUGUCAAAAGGAAGAGGAAGCUCACGAAUAUGAAAUGAAAUACAAUCAACUUGAAGAUAGUUCAGUUGCUCAAGAGAAUCUACUUAAUCUUCUUUUGGAUACCACGUUCAUUGAAGACCCAAAUAAAAGGCCGCCCACAACCAAUAGUACCAAUAGCAAUAAUAUCAACUCUAAUAAUAAUGGAGGAUCAGUUAACGGUAAUAACAAUCAUAAUUUGAAUAACGAAGCAAAGGACAAGGUCAGCGCUUUGAACACUUACGAAAAACAUCACAAUGGAGAUACAAUUUCAUCAAUCCACACAACUCCUGUAUCGACAGUAACACCAACCUCCACCUCUGGUAACACCAAUGUUAAUAACGAAAAUGGAUCAGGUCGCCCUGAAAAAGCUCGUCGAUUAACUAAAACACCUCAAGAACUUUUAUUCGAACAGUCAAGAAAUUCGAUAAAUUUGGCUGACGAUCCAAUGACACAAUCUCUGGUCAAUCCUAUCUCUCUAUUAGCCAAAAACAAUUCUGAUCUCCAUCGAGUUCCAAGUGCUCCGUCCUUAAAGGAUAUGUGUAAACCAUCAUCUAGGAUCGAAGCAGCUUCUCCAAUCCUUAAACGUAAAACUUUCGAAAGAAAUCAAUUACUCGAAUCAAGACGUCUUACCAAACCAAGUUGUGUCUUGUCUGUUUUCGGCAACAGUCCAGCACAAACUCAUGUUACACGCCAAAUAUCAUCUGAAACCAAUGAAACGACCCCUCCCUCUUCACCACAAAUCUUUCGCCGAAACAAGGAAGAAAAUGUUUUCUCCCGGUUAACAAGUGGAACCAACACUAACGGUCAAAACAAUCCCGACAGGGGAAUAAUGGUUCCAUGCACGAAUCGAAGUUAUGACAAAUAUUCACCUCUCAUCUUAUCAUCAACUGCUGAAGGUCACAGUAGGCCAGUUCUUUCAGUCGCUUUGACGGAUGAUGUUAUGUUCUCAGGAUCCAAAGAUUGUACCGUUAAAAUAUGGGAUCUACAUACUGGCCGAGAAAUUCAAUCUCUCGAAGAUCAUCCCGAUUCCGUGGUUAAGGUUGCAUACAAUGAAUACAUUCGUUUGGCUUUCUCUGUUUCCAAAUCGAUAAUUAAAGUUUGGGAUACAAGGGAAAACCCUGCACGAUGUAUAAAAAUUUUAAAUUCACUUGGACUUGCUGAUGGUUUGGUUGCUUCGGCUGCCUCACGAACCAAUGAUUUAGGUCAACAUGAAAAUAGAAUCUUAGACAUUCAACUUAACAAAUACGGGACUGUGCUCUUUUCUACAUGCGGACACACCGUUCGAGUUUGGGAUCUCAGGAAAUACUAUUGUAUUGGAAAAUUGAACACUUCUCACCAAGCCAAUGUUAUCUGUAUGGCGGUUGAAGAUUCCGGCAAUGAUAGUAAUAUUAUUGCAACCGGGUCCAAGGAUCAUUAUAUCAAAUUAUUUGAAGUAAUGGAAGAUAUUGGGGGCAUUCAUCAGCCCAUUUGUACUCUGGAUCCACCUCAUUAUGAUGGUAUUGAAUCUUUAGCCUUAUCGGGAGAUACACUUUUCUCAGCCUCCAGGGAUGCUUGUAUUAAAAAGUGGGACUUAACCUUGCCCCAUAAAAAGUUGGUUCAAUCAAUUAACCAAGCCCACAAAGAUUGGAUUCAAGCGUUGGCGAUUAAAAAAGAUGCAUCAACAUUAAUUAGCGGUUGCCGAAGUGGGUUUGUCAAACUUUGGUCAACAGAUACUUGCCAACCUAUUGGUGAAUUAAGAGCUCAUUCUGGAGCAAUUCAUUCAUUAGAUGUUAAUUCAAGAUUAGUUGCCACCGGAUCUGCAGAUAAUAACAUUGGACUUUUCAGAUGGAGGAGUAGCGCCGAUCCAUCACCUGAUCUUUGCGAUUACGAACCAUAAAACAAAGCAACAAGUUACAAUUGGAAGAUUAAAGAAAAGAAAACAAUUAAAAAUUUACCAAAAUCAUCUUUACACAUCUAAUACACAUCAAAACAAUCAAAACUAUUCUUAAAAACAAAAUGGCCGUGAUAUGAUAUUUAAAUGCGAUAUUUGAAACAUAUGAUUAUAAGGAGAAAUGGAUCUUCUAAACAAUCAGAAAUGGAAAAUUAUCAAAGAAAAUACAUUCUCCUUUUUUCCUUCCUGCCUUUAUAAUAUCUCUUAUACAUGUACUUUUAACAUUUCGCCUUCCUUUUAUCAUCAUUAUCAUCAUCAUCAUCACAAUCAACAUCAUCGUCUUCAUUGGAACCUCAUUUUCAUCAUCGAAAUUAUCAUCAACUACAUAUUAAUAUUUCAUUAUAUUGUCGUUGAGGCAAUUUUCAUGCCAAGCAACUACUAGAAAUUAUAAUUUCUAUCUCUUUUUGUUUACCUUUUACCUCUCACCAAGAGCAAAAAUGUGAACCCUUUUCUAUUAGCAUUUACACCACCACAACCACCACCCACUGACCUGUCACAAAAGUUUUUAUCUAAGUUCACCCACCCCGUCCCAUCUAAAUUGUUUUGAAAAAAUUAUCCCCUUGUGUAAAUAGUUUUUAAAGUUUCUCUCUUUUUAGUAUAUUCAAUGGUCAACCAAAACACACACAAAGAUAUUUACCAUUCCAACAAUUUUUAUCAUUUAUACAUGAAAAAAAAGAGGAUAUAUUAGAAGAAAAUUAUUACCUCUCUUGUUUUUCCAUCUCCAUUGUAAAAAUACAGGAAAACCAGGAAAAAGACAAAGAAAAAAAGAGAGAGAUGGAAAGAUGAAGAAAAAGAUUAACCAAAUGAAACCCAAAUCACCAAAAAGAAAACCUAAAGAUCUAAUGAUUGAACCAAAAUGUUAACUUCUCAUCUCAAACAAAAGUCACCAAAACCACUCAUAUAAUUAGAAAUUAUUUUGUGAGACUAAUCAUCAACAUCAACUACUACUAUUACUACAAAAAUUACAACAAAUUACUAAAUUGAUCAUUUAGUUUAAUUGGUUUUCCAUCAAAAUCAAAAAUCAAUUGAUAGAAAAGUAAACAAACAAUUGUAAUCAAUCAAUAAAAAAUUACCUUUGGUCAAAAAUACAACAA